UAUAGGUCUGAAUGUCUUGGCACACACUGGUUUGUACAAACCCAUGCUGAGAUGCCACAGUGAUCCUCCUCACACAGAAGGCAAGUCAACUGAAAAAAAUCGGUGUUGACAGCAGCUCUCGUCUGUGAGGAACAGGGCAGUAGCAGUAGCUAGAGAGUGAGUUGAGGGAGGGGGGAGUGAGAAUCUGAAAGAGAGGGAGAGGGUGAGAGACUUGUGCACUGAGAUCUAGCCUCAGCCUCUAUUGUGGUAAGCAGGCAAGGGAAGGUGUAUAAGGAGCGUGCUAUAAACCCACAGGCGCAACGCUGGUUACCGCUGUAGAGACCCUCGAAAUCGGAGGACAAGGCGACAUGGAGGAGGACAUGGAUGAGGGACAGACCCAGAAGGGAUGUAUGGAGUGUUGUCUGAAAUGUCUAGGUGGCAUCCCUUAUCCAUCCCUGAUUGCCACCAUCCUGCUGUAUGCUGGGGUGGCGCUCUUCUGUGGAUGUGGACAUGAAGCUCUUUCUGGAACGGUCACCAUCCUCCAGAACUACUUUGAGGUGAUCAGGGCACCUGGAGAUGCCUUGGAUGUCUUUACAAUCAUUGACAUUAUCAAGUACGUGAUCUACGGCAUUGCCUCUGCAUUCUUUGUGUAUGGCAUUCUCCUGAUGGUAGAAGGCUUCUUCACCAGUGGAGCGAUCAAGGACUUGUAUGGAGACUUCAAGAUCACCACCUGUGGACGCUGCGUCAGUGCAUGGUUCAUCAUGCUGACGUACAUCUUCAUGUUGGCUUGGCUGGGUGUGACAGCAUUCACCUCUUUGCCUGUCUUCAUGUAUUUCAACAUCUGGACCAUUUGCCAAAACACGACUGCCCUGGAGAAAGCAAGUUUAUGUCUUGACCCACGCCAGUUUGGUGUUGUGCCCAUUGGAGAGGAGAAGACUGUAUGUGCAGGAUCAAAGAAGUUCUACAAUAUGUGUGAAUCAAAUGAGCUGGAUAUGACUUUCCAUCUGUUUGUCUGUGCGCUGGCUGGGGCUGGAGCAGCUGUUAUUGCAAUGAUCCACUACCUGAUGGUGCUGUCUGCCAACUGGGCCUAUGUGAAAGACGCAUGUAAAAUGCAAAAAUACGAGGACUGCAAGUCCAAGGAGGAGCAGGAGCUGCAUGACAUCCACUCUACGCGCUCCAAGGAACGGCUCAAUGCCUACACAUAAGACAGGAAGCAGUGGUGAGGGCGAGAGGACCCUCAGUGCCUUCACUUCCUGUUGAUGGGAGUUUUGGCACUGGUGCAGUCCAGGUGGUGUGUCGUAUGACCAACCCCAUGGCCAACCCAUUACCUCUCGCACAAACAUUAUUAUUAUUAUUAUUAUUAUUAAUAUUAUGUGUUAGUGCUGUAGUGUUGUAUAGGUUUUUUCACAUUAUUGUUUUUUUUUUUUUUUUAAGAAAUUGUGCAGUUCCUUUUUUCCAUCCCAUACUAUACUUUUUGAAUACAUUUAACUUUUUGGACAAAAUGUAUCAUCAAAACUGUACAUGAAUCAUUAUUAUGUAGAGGGUCGGUUUUGGGGUUUAAAAAAAGCACAUUUUUUCAUGUGUGUUUGUCUCUUAAGGUGUCAUUAUCAAAGACUUAAAGCAUGAAAAAAAAAUUUUGGUUUAAAGAUAAAUAAUUAUCUGUCUUUCUCUCUCCCUCUCUCUCUCUCUCUCUCUCUCUCUCUCUCUCUCUCUCUCUCUCUCUCUCUCUUUCUCUCCUUCUUUUUUACUAAUUAGAAGGUAUAAAGCCCGAAACCAGCAGAUGGUUUGUUCAUUUUGCAAUAUUUUGGUAAAAGAAAACUCAAAAAACUGAGAAAGAAAGACAAAAAAACUAAAUUAAGAUAUAACAGAUGUACCAUAAAGUGUUUAUUUAUUAUUUUUCUACAGAUGCCAUUGCAUAGCAUUAUCAAGAUCAGUACACCAUGGUCAUUAUUUGUUUGCCAUGCUAGUCUAGUUUUCAGGUAGUCCGCAGUGUGCCAGUGGGUGGCAUUGUAACUUCUCUGAGAGGGAGAGGAAAGGGGCUAUUUUAUGACCACUUUUAAGUGGAUUUCAAGCAUUUAAAAUCUGCCAGUAUCCAUGACUUCCUCUAUGUUAACAAUGCAACUCUCCCUUUACUGGCAGCAAGCUACACAUGCACAAGCCAACAGUGUUAUGUCCCCUCUUUUUUAUUUUCCUAUAGAUACAGAUACAGACACAGUUAAGCUGACAGGGUUUUUAUUUGACGAUUAUUACUUUCAGCUUUUGUAUAUAGUCAUUCUGUAAAUGUAUGUACUGUACGUUAGCACUUAAACUUCAGGUGAAUUCGUAUUAGAUUGAAAAACACAUUCCAUUCAAGGAUAGGGUGGGGAGAGGGAGGGUACUCUUAUGUAAACCUAAGAAAAAAAAGAGGAGAGGAGAUGCAAAAUCCAGGCGACACAGUAAUGUUUUGUGACAGAUCACUUCUUUUAGUGGGUUUUAUUUUCAAAGGGGAAUGUCUCAAUGAAAACAAAUAUUUAAAGAGCUACUGUAUUCUAUUAUCUUGAUGACGGUAACAGUUACUCAUUGUCUUGCUAACAAGUCAUUAUUAUAUCAGACAAUGGAGAUGUCUUAUUCUUUUAAUGCCUGGCAAGUCAUGUUCUGUCAGUGUUUCUAAGAGCUAGUUUUGUGCACUUAUGUGACCAUUUUGUGAGCUCUUUCUCGGUGUAAGUGCAUUGGGGUGCUGACUGCACAGUCAGAUCCCUGUAAUGUUAGGUAAAGACUGUGAACCUAAGUGUUAUUUGUGGCAUGGUCAUGGAUUCAAUGGUAAUCGUUUUUACUGGAUCAAAAAUAAUAAUUAUAAUAAUAAUGUGGGAAAAAAAAUAAAAAAGUUAAAAACAAGAAAAACAGUUUCAUUUCACCUUUAUAUGAGUUUGUUAUAUGCGACUGUCUUGCUGGGUCAUCCCCUUCUUCAUAAUGUGCAGUAAUUUGAAUCCUAUGCUGAAUACAUUGCGCUGAAACUCAAA